UUUUUUUUUUUUGUUUUGUUUUUGUUAGUUUUGUUAUUGUUGUUGUUACUUGUUAUUUUAUACCACAUUUAAUGAAAGCAUGCGGAAAAUCUAAACCAACAAUCGACGUCAACGUGAGCUUCUGCGUCAGCAUUAGCAUCAGUUUUGCCUAUCGAUUUCAAAUCGUGUGACAAUUUGUGAUUUUCCGUCAAAUAGAAAAGUGCGGGGCAACGGUCAGGAGGAACAGGUAGCUGUGGCUGAGGGCACUCUACCAACCGAUCACGAUCACCUGCUACUGCCGCUGCUGCUCUCUGUGCACGGAACGCGGUCAUGCUACGGCCUUAAAGUCAGAGCCAGUCUAAGACCCCGCAAGUAUUUAACAACAGCUCCAGGAUGUCGGACAUUUACUAUUGCAGUAAUAGUCAGAUUAAAAAAUCUCGCGAUGCGGACAAAUUGUCGUCUGGAGCCACAGCAAAUACAAAUGCAAAUGCAACAGCAGCAGUAAAUGAUAACAAAAAGAGCAACAAUAAUAAUAAUAAUAACAAUAACAACAACAAUUGCAACAAUAAUCGCAAUAAAGAGAAAAAGAAUUGGAAGGGCAUCGUUCAAAGCAAUCCAAAUCCCAAUGGCAGUGGCAAUGGCAAUGGCAAUGGAGUUGGAACUGGAGCUGGGUCAACUGUGCCAGCAGCUAUGAUACAGCCGGCAAAGGUCUUUCAUAAUACGCGAUGCACAAGGCAUCAUAAGCCGCAUCAUUUGCAUAGCAAUGGAGUUGGAGGACUAGCUGCUGUCGGAGGAUUGGAGGCAACACCACACCAAAGGGAACGUGAUCGAGAGCGGGAACGUGAACGAGAUCGUGAACGUGAACGUGAUCGUGAACGUGAGCAACAACAACAACAGCAGCAACAGCAACAUCAUCUGCAACAUCAUAUGCAUAGUCACAGCCAAGGUUUACGUAGAAAAUCUGAAUCGGUGCUAUCCACCGAUUCGGAUAUACGUUUCACUCGUCGCAAAUUGGGCGAUGGACAGAAAUGUGGAUGCGCUGUGAUAGCUGGCUUUCUGAUAGCCCUCCUGGUGGCCGGUAUAUUUGUUUAUAUUGGUUAUACGUAUUUCCGCCCGGAACCGCUGCCAGAUCGCAUAUUUCGUGGUCGUUUCAUGGUGCUCAAUGAUAAAUGGAGCAUGGAUUUGGCCAAUCAGAAUUCUCUGCGUUUUCAGCAUAAAGCCCGGGAUUAUCGGGAGCGCAUAAAUCUAACAUUAAGACGUUCCGAUUUACGUGAGGCAUACGAGGGUAGCGAGAUAUUGGCCUUAGAUGGGAGCGAGGAUAAUAACAAUGUGAUUGUUCACUUCAAUAUGAUCUUUGAUCCCUAUGCGGGUCUGGUGAGUAGUGGUGACCUACUGGCCCUGUUCCAUGAGGAAUUGAGCGAUCAACAGCGGCGACAUUUCUCCAACAUGACGGUGGAUAUAUCCAGUUUGAGUAUCAAAGAGACCACUGGUCUAAUUGAAGAGCCCAUCAUGUCCAGCUCACCGCUGGGUGGUCACGACGAGACUACAGAACAAUUGCCCACAACCACACCACAGCCACCGCGUCGUUGUGAACCGCUGCAAUUGAACUAUUGCCGAAAUGUUGGCUAUAACGUGACAACCUAUCCGAAUCUUUUGGGUCAUGCCAAUUAUGAGCAAGUGGCCGAGGAUGUCAUUGUGUUCCGUGAAUUGGUCGACGGUGAAUGCUAUCGGGAGGCUUACGAUUUCAUAUGUCGUCUACUGCAGCCACCGUGUCAAGGUCACGGUUCGCUGCUGCAACCCACACCGGGUGCCAUUUGCCGUGAAUACUGUGAGUCCUUUAUGGCCGGCUGCGGCGGUCGAUUGCCGGCACGUUUUCGUCAGCAUUUCGAUUGUGAACGUUUCCCCGAAUCGACGGGCAGCCAAUCGUGCCAACAGAAGCCGCACUGUGUCAGCGACAUGCAAUCGAAUGUCCAGAGUCCGCGGCUCUGUGAUGGCUAUGCCGAUUGUCCGGAUCUGUCGGAUGAGCGAAGUUGCGCCUUCUGUGCCCCAAAUGCUCUGUACUGCGGCCGUGGAAGAGCCUGUGUGCCGCGCAAGGCGAGAUGUGAUGGCAAGGCUGAUUGCCCGGAUGGUGCCGAUGAAAAGGAUUGCCUUUCCAUUGCUCCAUUGGCUGCCGAUCUACUCCAACCGGAGCCAUUAGUACCAUAUCUUUCGCGUUUCCAUGCGUCUGGCUAUGCCGUCUUCUCAGAAAAGGGAGUUGUUGGCAAAUUAUGUGCCGAAGGUCUAGAGGGCGAUGCCAAGUUGAUAGUGCGUCAAACAGUCUCCGAGUCCCUAUGCAAAUCCCUGGGCUAUGAAUCCGUGGAAAUCUUUGAUGUGCAGAACGAUACGGAACAGUUGACCGAUUACGUACGUGUUCUGGAUCCUCAUGCGCCGGAAAUUAGCUUCAUACGGACCCAUUGUCCACAACGUCAAGUGUUGUAUGUGGGAUGCGGGAAUCUAAAGUGUGGCAUUCAGUCAGCUCUAUUCAAUGCCAAGCAACACUUGUCCCUGCCCAAGAUGUCAUCGCCCGGCGAUUGGCCAUGGCUGGUGGCCCUCUUCCGUGAGGAUAUACACGUGUGCGAUGGCACCUUGAUAUCAGAAGAUUGGGUCCUCACCACCGAGAGCUGUUUCCAGGGUCAGCCACGUGCCACAUGGAUGGCCAUUGUGGGAGCUGUCCGUCUCUCGGCCCGAGCACCCUGGACGCAAAGGCGACGCAUCAUUGGCAUGAUUAAGAGUCCCGUCGAAGGGUCAACAGCGGCUCUAGUGCGCCUGGAAACGCCAGUUAGUUUCUCUGACCAUGUGCGGCCCAUCUGCCUGCCGGAUGCCCUUCAACGACGCCAACAGGCUGUCCAAAGGCGGGCAUUUGUGCCCGUGGCUGAGCGUCUGGAGGCUGGGCUUAUGAUGAUGAUGCAACCCUCCAUAGCCCCUCAACAGCGCCGUUUGGCCCAGGAAACCCAACAAUUCUUCCUGAUACCAUCCCAAGAGCAAAUGUCACUAUCCGAGGGUUCGGGUCACAGUGGCGACGGUGGAGAAGCGGAUGAUGAUCAGGAUCUCGAGCAGGAUCAACCGUUGGCUGCAGCCUCACAUAUGCCAAGGGCAGAAGCAUUGCAACAGGAACUGGAUGGAGCCUAUCCCCUUCCCGAUCAUGCGCCCCAAGUUAAUUACUAUGGUGGCGGUGGAUCGUCCUCUUCAUCCACAUCGACUACUACGCGCAGUUCCACCAAAUCGUCUCCUGCACAUUCAGACCAAAUCUGGACCAAUUGCAAUACCCUGGGCUGGUCCAGGCAGCGUGAUCAUUUGCAGCGUGUCCAAUUGAAAAUUGGCGACAUGGCGCCAUGUGAGAAUGUCUCCAUAGCCACCGUUAAUUCCAUGUGCAUGGAGGCCACCUACCAGAAAUACGAUUGUACGCAAGAAGAAUAUUCUGGAGCGCCGGUUCAAUGCCUUAUACCUGGUACCAAUCAAUGGGCUCUCAUAGGAGUUUCAUCGUGGCGUAUAGCCUGCGGCCCCACGGGAGUAGAGCGUCCUCGAAUGUACGAUAAGAUAUCCUCGAAUGCAGCCUGGAUACGGGAGACAGUAAACGCGGUGUAAUAAAAAAAAAACACCCUGUAUUUACGGUAACGUCUGUCAUUUGUAUGUAAAAAUGUUUAGAAAGAGAAAUAUGUAACUAACUAACUUUUGUAUUAUGUAGUAAACCCAUAGAAGUAACUAACUAAAAACUGCUCUAUAUAUUACAAUCAUAUUCUAUACAUAUUUUUUUUUGCUGUUUUGUGAAAUAU